CUACCUACAGUAGGGACCACAUUUGGGAAAGGACAACGCGGCACUUCCGUCCGAAUCCCCGCUUCUGGAUGAUGUAGUACUGCUGAGUUCUAACCAUGGGUUCUUCUGGCCUGGCUCGACUGCAGGGGCUCUUCGCUGUCUAUAAACCUCCGGGGCUGAAAUGGCUGCACGUGCGUGAGACCGUGGAGUUGCAACUGCUUAAAGGUCUCAAUGCACAGCAGCCUCCUGCUCCUAAACAGCGGCUUCGCUUCUUGCUAGGCCCUGUGGAAGGCAGCGAAGAGAAGAAGUUGACUCUCAGAGCCACCAGUGUUCCCUCUCUCACCUCCCACAGACUUGUACGUGGUCCAGCAUUCACAAACCUGAAGAUCGGUGUGGGACAUCGCUUGGAUGUCCAGGCUUCUGGUGUGCUUGUCCUCGCCGUGGGACAUGGACGCAGUCUCCUCACUGACAUCUCUGAUGCGCAUCUCACCAAGGAUUACACAGUGCGUGGCCUCCUGGGCAAAGCUACAGACAACUUCUGUGAAGAUGGGCGGCUGAUAGAGAAGACAACCUAUGACCAUGUGACCAGAGAGCGGCUGGACAGGAUCCUGGCAAUGAUCCAAGGCUCCCACCAAAAAGCUCUGGUGACGUACUCCAACCUGGACCUGAAGUCCCAGGAGGCCUAUGAGAUGGCUGUGCGGGGUGUGAUCCGGCCCAUGAGCAAGUCCCCAAUGCUCAUCACGGCCAUCCGCUGUCUGCACUUUGCACCUCCUGAGUUUCUUUUGGAGGUGCAGUGUGUGCACGAGACGCAGCAGCAGCUGAGGAAACUGGUGCAUGAGAUCGGCCUGGAGCUGAAGAGCACCGCCGUCUGCACACAAGUGCGGCGGACUCGGGACGGCCUCUUCGGACUGGAUGACGCCCUCCUGAGAACCCAGUGGGACCUACACAACAUCCAGGGUGCCAUCCAGGCCACAGCCCCCCGGGUGGCAGUGGAACUGAAAAAGAACUUGACCCUAAAGCUGGGCCCCCAGCAGCUCCCCAGCGCUGGGCCACCUUGGGGCCUCAAGGGCCCAAGCUCCACUCUGGAGUUGGGAAGCUGUGCGGGGCAGUGAAAGGCCAGGCAGGUGCCCGGAUGGAGGGCAGACAAGCUCUUCACAAGUCAGAACUGGUCGCCCUGUGAGAGGGAGGCCAAGGA